AUGGAAGCUGGUGCUGGGAGCGACCUUUGUGAACCCAACUCUCCGGAGGGAAGCGAUCUUCAUGAGGACGAAGACGAUUCUAUAGCCAUCGAGGUAGCAAAUACAUUCGAUUCAACGAAUGAUGACGAUGCAACCGUUCUCACCGACAACGGACCCUAUCGCCACCGUCAUCCUGGGGAACUGGCUCAACAAUACAUGAACUCUUCAUUCUAUCGGCCCAAUCUAGAUUGGAGACUUCCUCCAUCACGAUCCUAUUAUCCUAAUUGGCAUCAUUAUCCACCACGCCACUAUCUCCCGCCGCCGCCGCCCCCUCCAGUUCGAGAGGGAGAUAUAUUUCAGUCAUAUCAUACCGCCACUGCUGUGCGACCAGAACAUAGGCAUCACCACCAACAGCAAAGCAGCAACGAAUCGGAAGUGCCUCUUUCUCCACCAGCUUAUCGACCAACCUUUCCCGAGCAGCCUCAUAACUUUGGCUUUCCGCGGCAGCUAAAGUGGCCACCAGAAGCUAGCCCUCAUGGAAGCAACCAGCACUUUCCACGAGACUACGCCUACCAUCCCAUUAGUCAUUUAACGCCACAACAAGGAAAUUCCGAUACCAGUCAGGGAAGCCAAACUCCUACGUCCCAACAAGAAGAUGAUAAUGUUUCAACAACAGAGUUCUCUGGACGAAGAUUCAUUCCAACCGACAUCCCACCACCACCACCUCCUCCUUUAUAUCUUCCUCCACCACCACAACCGCCCAUACCACCGCCACCACCUGCGCCCACUCAAGCAGCACCAACUCGAGCGCCCACGCAAACAUCUACCCCAGCACCCAAUGCGCUCAGUGUCCAAAAGAUAAAAAAGCUGCACAAGGGAAGCCAAGGAGUAUACAUUUGGGAAACAUUUGAUUGUGAUAUUCUUUGCGGACGAGGCGUUCGAACCUCGCAUCAGUGGGGAAAUAAAAAUUUCAAGCAGCUUGUGAAGGACCGCCAAGUGGAAUAUCUUGCUUGUCAUCGAAAUGAUAAGUCUCGUCUAUCCAAUGAAAUCAUGGACGUUAUUAAGUCCUACAAUGGCCGCUUUCUCCGCCGAGUCAAGGUUCCUGACCGACAGGAACGCUAUGCAUGGGUGGAGUUGUCGGCUCAACGAGCCUAUGAAAAGGUAUGUCAGGCAUUGCGGGACGGAGGGCCUGAGAUUCGAGAAGCCAUGAAGGCCAUGGGAAGGAAUGGUCGGGCUAUAGGAGGUUCUGUGGAGAAGGAAAACGUUGCUAAUGGCAAGCACGGAUAUACCUUGUGA